AUGCACAUCGCAGUCGAGGGUUGCGGCCAUGGCACCCUCCACGCCAUCUACGCCUCCGUCGAAAAGACCUGCGAGAUCAACAAGUGGAAGGGCAUUGACCUCCUCAUCAUCGGCGGCGACUUCCAGGCAGUCCGCAAUAGCUACGAUCUCAAUUGCAUGUCUGUACCCCAUAAAUUCCGAGCUAUAGGGGAUUUCCACGAAUACUACAGCGGCGCCCGUCUUGCACCCUACCUCACCCUCUUCGUCGGCGGUAAUCAUGAAGCCAGCUCCCACCUCCAAGAGCUAUACUACGGUGGCUGGGUAGCGCCCAAAAUCUACUACCUAGGUGCUGCCAAUGUCGUUCGCUUUGGAGAUCUACGCAUAGCUGGGCUCAGUGGUAUAUGGAAGGGUUACAACUACAACAAGCCCCACUUUGAGAGGCUGCCGUACAGUGCGGAUGAGAUAAAGAGUCUGUACCAUGUGCGGGAGAUUGACGUGAGGAAGCUGUUGCUGUUGAGGACACAGGUAGAUCUGGGGAUUAGCCACGAUUGGCCGAGGGGUGUGGAAUGGCAGGGUGAUUGGAAGGCGCUGUUCAGGAAGAAAGACCUCUUUGAGGCAGAUGCUAGGGCUGGGACGUUAGGGAGCUCGGCGGCAAGAUAUGUGAUGGAUCGGUUGAGGCCGCCUCAUUGGUUUGCGGCGCAUUUGCAUUGCAAGUUCGCUGCGGUUGUGGACUAUGGCAAGGAAGCUGGGGGCUUGGAGCCUGCCAUGAACGGUGAGAGUACCAAUGGCAUAAAGAAGACGGAGGAGAAUCAAAAUGAUAUUGAGGACGAGGGCCCUCCAGCGGAGCCUCCUACUCCCGCCAAGAAUACCGAUGAGAUAGACCUUGAUAUGGACUCUGACGAUGCCGCAAAUACAGCCCAAGUACCAGCGAACCCUCGAGCGCCUCCAGACUCCUCUAUUAUUCCGUCGGACCUCCGCUCACAGCUCCCCGCCUCAUUCGCGCGCCCCAAGACCCCUCAGCUAUCCAAAAAAGCGCCACCACCUCCUCCGCCGCCAGCGAUCACGAACCUUACGACUAACUUCCUUGCCCUAGACAAAUGCCUUCCCAACCGCAAAUUCCUCCAACUCCUAUCUAUUGACCCCCUCGCUCCCUCAACCCCACCUGCUCCGCCAACUCUCACUUACGACAAAGAAUGGCUAGCCAUCCUCCGCGUCUUCGGCUCUCAGGACCCGCACCUGCCCUCUCCCCGAGAUCCAGGCGAAGCAGUCUAUACACCUUUGAUAGCCAAGGAGGAAGAGUGGGUGGAAGAACAUCUGGUCAAACAGGGGAAGAUGGCGGUGCCGACGCGCUUUGAUAUCACGGCGUUGGUGUACGACGGCUCUGCUAUUGGCAGCGUGGGCAGAGAGCAGCCGAGGGAGUACACGAAUCCGCAGACCAAGGCGUUUUGUGAGAUGCUCGGUAUACCCAAUCAUUUCGAAGCCAGUGAGGAGGAGAGAGAGGAGAUGAGGAUGAACAAAGGGCUACAGAUCCAGAGCGAGAAUUCUAGCGCUGGCAGCAGAGGGCGCGGAAGAGGUGGGGGUGGGGGCGUUCAUAGGGGUAGAGGCGGAGGAGGGAGAAGUGGUGGGAGAGGGCAGGGGAGGGGAAGGGGUUUUCGAUGA